ACUCAGGCUUCAUUAACUAAUAUGCCCCAGGUGUGUUCACCAGCCAGCACAGACAUACUGUUGCAGCUAGGAAAAAAAAAAUAGAUCAUAAGCUAGAAUCUAGCUGCUGGAUUGAACACCUAGGAAGGGGGGCUUGGGAAAGUGCUGAGCAAUAGACUCAAAUACUGAUUUCCUAGAGUCCUAUUAGGUUAGAUAGGAAGGAAAAACUAGCCAGGUGGCUGAAGCUCUCUGAGCUACCUAGUGUUUUAAAUGAGGCCAGUCCUUCCGUGGAGACUUGCUCAGGCAGGGUUUGAGAUGAUACACCUAAAAGUGGUUAGUACUGACUCUCAAAGUCAGUACUCAGCAAGCACAAACUUAUCAUAUUACCAAGAAAACACAUCUGUGGGUUCUGAAAUCCUUGUUUUAGUCAUUCCUAAGUGGCAUUUGUAGCCAUGUUUUUACUUACACUAGAUAGUACCCCUAACUAUGCCCCAGACAGGACAAAAGCAGCAUGAUGGGACAUAAAAUGAACUUGAGCUCUGUACAUUGUGUGACAAAGGGCACUUUCCAAGGCCUCCAGUGCAUCUUCCACUAGGAAGGUUUUUGGGUUUUGUUUUGUUUUUGUUUUUUGAAAGCCUCUUUUGACCUGCACACUUGAAAGAAAAUAGAGAUACCUUAUUUUAAAUCACAGAUGUUCUUGUUUUAUUUUUGACUUUUAUGUUUACUGAAUGAAUAAGCUGAAAUAUUCUAAAACAGAUGUGUUCUUGCCAGUCUGAAGACUGGCUAAAGAUCUCUACAGAGUAUUGCCCAGUCCAACACUCAUCAAGAGCAGUUUCAGCAGAGUGAUAGGGCAGACGACAAACCAUGUCCACUGUGGAAGAAAUGGAUGGCAGAGAAGCACACACAGUGGUUGGGGGCAAAGUGAAGAAGCCUGGUAAACGAGGGCGGAAGCCAGCCAAAAUUGACUUGAAAGCAAAACUUGAGCGGAGCCGACAGAGUGCAAGAGAAUGCCGGGCCAGGAAAAAACUGAGAUACCAGUACUUGGAGGAGUUGGUGUCCAGCCGGGAAAGAGCUAUUUGUGCACUCCGAGAGGAACUGGAAAUGUACAAGCAAUGGUGCAUGGCAAUGGACCAAGGGAAAAUACCUUCUGAAAUAAGGGCCCUACUCACUGGAGAGGAGCAGAACAAGUCUCAGCAGAACUCAAGCAGGCAUCCCAAAGCUGGGAAGACAGAUGCUAACACCAAUUCGUUGCUGGGGAAUUGAAUUCAUAGCUUCAGAAAUGCUAGGGUGAAGAGCAUAUAAAUUGCAGUUAGUGGUCUAAUGACUGUGGAGGACAGAUGGCCAGGACUUUGCUUCUUGGCUCCACCUACCGCUUACUGCUCAGUAGGCAUCUCUGUAAAUCCGAAGUUUCUACCAAAAUGUGUGAUCAUACAUCACGAAGGCCUUUGCUUUAAUUUUCAACACUUAGAAGAUUUGCCAACAUUCAGACCUGCUCUGUAUUGUUCUCCAUGUUGGUCAACAAGUUAUGAUGCCUGAAACCACAGGAAUAGAGGAAAGUGGAUGAGAAGCGCAUGUUUGCACCUUAGCCGUAUGGCUUUUUUGGUUAAUUUAUAUUUUUCCUAUGUAAUUCGUGUAUUUGUUUGUGUGUUUAGUUGUCACUUCUCUUCAUGUUUUUAAUCACCCUGCAAAAAGAAACCAAAUAGGCUGUUUGUUUCCUGUGGUUCUCAGCCUUUAUGGACCCAAUGUUACUCCUUUAUAUUUACUUGAGUAAUGUUUGAUUGUCUGUGAGCCAUUCCAGCAUAAGCUGUGAGUAUAUAUUAACAGAUAUAUACAUUUCUAUUUUUAUAAUCCAUAAUGAUAUGCCUGUUUUAAAGAAUGUACAAAAGAAACCCAACAAGAAAGCCCCUGACAGCCUCUUUUUGCUGUUUCCUCAGACUGUGUUUAUGAAAGUUGGCUAGGGCCAAAUCCAUGCUUGGAGAAUUAGCCAUGUUUUAUUUUUAGGUGAAAGGUAACCUUCAGUAGCAUUCAUUAUCUUAACCUGCAGUAUGUGUGCGCACAUGUGUUUCUGUUGUAUGUCUACAUAUACAUGGGGUAGACAGGAGCGAGUGUUCACACACGUUUACUUGUGCACUCAACUAAGGCAUGGAUUUUUUUUUUUUUUUUUAAGAACAUAGAAUGAAACUAGCUGCUGAGACUGAGUAUCUGCCUUCCUGCCUGUCAGAGCACAGGCACCCUGCUGGCAACGCUAAUGGCUGUUGCAGUUAGCAGAAUACUCCAUUUCUUCCUUGACAUGAGUGUCCUUGUGAAUGUGUUCUGAGCCAGAAAGAAGCCCACUGUGUGCUUACACCCACUUUGGCCUGUGCCUCCACUGUGGUGGGGCACCCUGAGCUGUACCUUACACUGCAGCUUGGGGCCUGGCAGGCAUGUGGAGUGGCAGGUGGCUCUGUAUGGGCUCCAUCCCAGCUGCAUUUGCAUGCUAGGGAGUGAUAUUUGAGGGGCAGAGCUCAUAGUAGGAUGCACUGAGAGAUGAGGAAUCUCUACUUCUUCACUCUCACUAGUUCAGUCAGAUAUUGUGUUCCCUGUUGCUGCUAAAUUACAAUUGUUCCUCACUCUGAUGAGGCAGGAACUUGGCUUCCAAAGAAGAAGUGUUUGCUACGGACUGGCAGUGGGCGAGGAGGUGUCAUAGUCUUCAGGCAUGUCCAACCUUUUGACAUUGUGACUUGAAGCCUGAGAACUGAAAGUUAUAAGUGAGUUUACAGUUUUGUGCUGGGACACAUUCCUAGCUAUUCUGAGGCAUGUGCAGCUUGCAAGCCAUGGUUCAUAUAUGCCUGGCAGGUUGUCUGUGAGAUGGAACAGGAGACGGAUCUUUUGGCAGGCAUUUAAACAGAUGCCUCCCCUUAGCUCAAGAUCCCUGAUCUCGAGCUUCAAACUUAGAUCCCAUGUUAGGUGUGUGUGACCACCAACAGACCACUAGCCCAGCUUGCUGGGAUUCUCUGUGUUUAAGAAAAUGGGCAUUUAAGGGUAUUUAAUGUCUUCUUAGGACCAUAAAUGUAGACAAAGGAUAGUUGGUAUUCAGACCCUUCAGAAUUUAAGUGUUUUCAAAUAUAGUGUUGAGACUGUCCUGGGGGUGUUUCUGCCAGCUGGUCUACUCAGUCAUUCUACUUUGCAGAACAGCCCAUGACUUUAUGUUGCUUUGUUCAUUACCUUUCAAUUCUCUAGGAAAGUUGUUUUCAAAGCAAACAUUCCAGGAUGAAUGUGGCUCCUCAGUGGAAUGUCUGCCCUGUGCUUGAUGAUCCUCAGGCUCUAAUUGUGAUGCAGGGUCAUCCCCGAGCAGAGGAGAUGGACUUGGAGUGCAAGUAGAAUAUGCUUCGAGUUGAUUCAUGUGCCUAUAUCGCUUUAGUGUUCUGUAGUAAUCAAACCAAGAGAAUGGCCUUAGUGUUUGAGGGGGACGUGUUGAUUGCUCUGGGAACUGUGCUACCCUUCUUCCUCAGAAGCCUGCCAUCUAGUCACUGGUCCUGACUCCAACAGCUAGGGCCUCUCCAUCCCGUGGCACUGCAGGCAACUGCACUUCCUCCCCAGAGGAUAGCAGGCUGAGAGGACAGAGCCCAAGGCCUUCGUCCAGGGCAGAAAGAGGCUAUGUGCCUCCGUCAACAGAGCUUGUCUCCUUUUUCUUUUUAUCUCAAAAAUUAAGGAGAAAAUAUAUUUGUGAAUUCACACCAAUCCAACUGUAUCAUUUUAGAACCCACCUCCCCCAUAUCAGAGUAACUGGUGCAAUAUGGAAUUGAUCUGGUCUGGUCAGCUUUUAGGCUGUAGCUGAAGUUCUUCAUUUGUUUUCUAUCUUACCUAAAAUGUUUCUGUGACACCUGAAUCAGAACCUUAUAGCAGCCAUCCCUGUCACUGUUUGCCUUGUGGACAGUGCUCAGCACCACCAUCUAGAAUUUACUAUCUUUGAACUGCGAUGGGCUUGCUUUGGCUGGUUAUAAAAAAAUAUACAGUUUUAUACUGGGCUUCACUUUUAGUUAAAGGCAAGUAAAAUUAACAAAAAGAAAUAUAUUUCACAGAAAUCAGCUGCAUGUUGUUACAAAUUUUAAAAUACAUAUUUUGUUUUUUAAAGAUGAGAGAUAAUUAAACCACAUGGUAUUUGGGGGCAAUGAAGGAUGUUUUUUUCUCAGAAGAGCAUUGUACAAUUAUAUUUUUUAUGAAAAAUAAAGUAUAUUCACCAAAAUCA